UUUUGGAACAGCCACUUUGGGAACGUUUAUAAAAUCGGUAAAAAUAGGAUAAACCCCGAUAUUUCAAUUCUGUCGGGCCGUCAUCAGUUGCGGUAGAAAUAACGUGAUGUUUGGUAGGGUUUUAAUUGGAGCGGCAAGAAUUGCUACUGCUGCAGUCUCUAAUUCCAGACUUCUUGUACAAAAUGUAACAAAUCCAAGUUUAAUAAUCGCUAAUAAUACGAGAUGCUUUAGUUCCCUUUUAAGUAAAAAUUUACCAUCCAGUCAACUGUUCCUUAGUAAAAACUCGGCAGAUGUUGAUAAUGUGACCACAAGAAGUGUUACAAAAUAUUCAAUUAAAACAGGAAAAAGAAAAUCAGUAAAAGCGGUGUUAAGAAGAUUUUACAGAUUACAUUGGGGUAUUUGGAUAAGAACGAAAUGCGGUCGUCAUAAAAAGCUUUGGAAAAAGAGUCCAGCAAGGAAACGAAGACUUCGUCAACAUGUAUUUUGUAAUGCUACUCAGAGUACAUUGUUGGAUAAAAUGGUAACACAUUUCUGGAGGAAGCCAAAAUACUACGUGGAUGAUCCUUAUGAACCAUACCACACCAGAGAAGAAUGGCAAUUUACGUAUACUAAACCUAGGCCAUAUUUCCCACCUGAAGAAAAGUAAUAAAAAUAGACACAAGUAUGUAUAAAAUGUAUUUCAUUUUUUAUUAAUAAAAGUUGUAUAAUGUAAUAAAUGCACAGUAUAAAGUCAGUUAAUGAUAUUUAAGCUA